CCUCCUCCUCCUCCUCUUCCUCCUCCUCCUCCUCCUCUUCCUCCCCCCCUUCCGCCCAAUGCCAAAAUGCCGAAUAAGAAUUCGUUCACUUACAAAAUGUUUCGUCGCUCAGGUGGCAGCGGCCCCCGCACUUUUACGCCGGGCUGCCUUCCAAGCCGUGGUGGGACCCGGGUGACUUCGAGUGGUGUGGCAGCCUGGAGGGCGCGCACGCCGAGAUUUUGCAGGAGAGCUCGCCUCGCUGCAGCUGCCGCGCUGGGUGGACGUGGGCGCGGCGGGGCGCCAGUGCACCGACGCCCUGCUGGUCGCAGAGGGCGCCUGGAGGGAGGUGGUCCUCUGUGGCGAGGGCGCCGACCCGGCGGACCAAGCCGCGUGCCCUCGGACGCUGGAGAUGCUGCGCGGCAUCCCGGCCGCGCGGGGCGCGGCCGAGCACGGGAUCGGGGACCCGAGUGCACGUUUUCGGCCCUGGAGCCGGGCGCGCGGCUGCGGGCGCACUGCGGCCCGAGCAACCUGCGGCUGACCUGCCACCUGGGCCUGCUGGUGCCGCCGGCGGGGCCGUGCGCCCUGCGCGUGGGCGACGGGGCGGCCCGCGCGUGGGCGCCCGGCAGGUGCGUGGUCUUCGACGACUCCUACGAGCACGAGGUCUGGAACGACACCGCGGAGCGCCGCGUCGUGCUGCUCGUGCGAUUCUGGCACCCCGCCCUGCCCGCGGCCGAGUGGGCGGGCGCCGCGCGGCACGCAGCGGCGAGCCAGAGGGCGCACGUGGCGGCGAGCCUGGCGCCGCCGCUGUGACCCCGCAGGCCGGGGCUGCGCGGCUCGGGGAGGCGCAGGCCUCGAUCGGGCCGGUUCAACCGGUGCGUCGUAUCUCCUUCUCUUUUCGUUCGGGUUGGGCGUCCGUCGCGCCCGCUCAGUGGUCGCCCCGCGUCGGGCGCGCCCGAGCCCGCGCCCGCGACGCGGCGAUAUGACGACGGCGCGGCGACACUACGGCGCCAGGGACGACAGCGACGAGGCAGCGGCGAC